CUAUUACUAGCACAAUCCAUCAGCCACUCUUUGUCUCUGGUCAGCAUAGAAGAAGGCAGAGAGACAGACGGGGGUUUGCCUGAAGAGAGCUGAAUUCUGGAGGAAGGGUACACAAACCCUUGGAAAGAAGAACACGGCUCUCUAAAACCUGGUGGAACUGCAUAAAUGCUAAAGCAGCUGAGGAGCCACGACAGAGUGGGAGUGUGAUUUAAUGUUAUUUUUGUUUUUCUUUUUGGAAAGGUCUUAGUCGCUUUUAAAGAUCAUGCAAACCACCUGGCUCUUGCUACUGGGCUCUCUGGUACUGGCAACCCUUGCCUUUGCCAAGAAGGGUCUCGAGUUCCCACGGUACGAUGGCAAAGACCGUGUCUUGGACAUAGAUGACAAGAACUACCGCAAAGCCUUGAAGAAAUAUGACAUGUUAUGCCUGUUCUACCAUGCUCCUCCGCCAACCACAAAAGAGCUGCAGAAACAGUUCCAAAUGACUGAACUAGUGCUAGAGUUAGCUGCUCAGGUCUUGGAGGAAAAGGACAUUGGCUUUGGAAUGGCUGACUCCCAAAAGGAUGCAAAGGUUGCCAAGAAACUAGGUAUGCAUGAGGAGGGCAGGGUCUAUGUCUUUAAGAAGGACCGUGUGAUUGAAUUUGAUGGACUGCUCUCUGCAGACAUUAUUGUGGAGUUCCUUCUGGAUCUUUUGGAUGAUCCAGUUGAGGUCAUUGAUAAUGCCCUGGAGUUGCGAGCCUUUGACCGUAUGGAAGAAGACAUCAAGCUUAUUGGCUUCUUCAUGAGUCAGGACUCUGAACAUUUUAAGGCUUUCCAUGAGGCAGCUGAACAGUUUCAGCCUUUUAUCAAAUUUUUUGCCACCUUUGAAAAAUCUGUUGCUAAAGAGUUGACUCUGAAGAUGAACGAGGUGGACUUUUAUGAGCCCUUCAUGGAGGAACCAAUCACCAUUCCAGACAAGCCCCAUUCAGAGAAAGAGCUGGUGGCCUUCAUAUCAAAGCACAGGAGACCAACUCUUAGAAAACUGAGGGCAGAGGACAUGUUUGAGACCUGGGAGGAUAAUCUGAAUGGCAUUCACAUUGUAGCCUUUGCAGAAGAGGAGGACCCUGAUGGUUUUGAGUUCUUGGAGGUUUUGAAGGAGGUGGCCAGAGACAACACACACAAUCCAGAUUUAAGUAUUUUGUGGAUCGACCCAGACAACUUCCCAUUGCUCAUUCCCUACUGGGAGAAGACUUUCAAGGUUGACCUCUUUAGACCACAGAUUGGUGUAGUUAAUGUUACUGAUGCAGAUAGUGUCUGGUUGGAGAUACCUGACGAUGAAGAUCUGCCUUCAACGGAAGAGCUGGAAAACUGGAUAGAAGAUGUGCUCGCUGGAACAGUCAACACUGAGGAUGACGAUGAUGAUAACGAUGAUGUGGAAGAUGAGGACGACAGUGAUGAUGAUAAUGACGACAAUGAUGACAACGAUAAUGAUGAAGACGAUGAUGCUGAUUAAUAAUUCAUAUAUUGUUAAAACUUCAAUCAAAUAGUAAUAGUGCUCUCUGUUAAAAGAUAACUAUUUUGUGUCUGAACACUUUUACAGUAAAAUAAUUUUGUACAUUUUGUACAUCACUGGGAAUUGUAUUAUUUCAAGCAGCCUUAAACUGGAAAUUGCUAAAGGGAUUCAAAUUAAAUAUUACGCUUUGUAAUUUA